AUGGCCUCUGUAAACAGCUUCCCUACAAUCAAGGCCGUCAAGACCUUCGUCGUUCAGGGCGUUGGUUCUGGCGGUGACUAUCACAAUGUCAAGGGCGGUCAUUGGCUGAUCGACUCCAAGAUUGCGACUCCUAUGUCUGGAUACGACAAGUACCGCAAGUCACGAACUUCGUUUGGCAUCAAUGUCCUUGGCUCUUUCUGCGUCGAGAUUGAGUCUACAGAUGGCAAGAAGGGCUUUGCUACUGGUUUCGGUGGUCCACCGGCAUGUUGGCUUGUUGCUGAGCACUUCAACAGAUUCCUGAUUGGCGCUGCUGUUAUCUCCGUCAUCGAUCUGGCUGUCUGGGAUCUGCUGGGCAAGAUUAGAAACGAACCCGUAUACAAGAUGAUUGGUGGUGCAACAAGAGACAGACUCAACUUCUACUGCACUGGUCCCGCGCCGUCUGCUGCUAAGAGAAUGGGCUUCUUUGGUGGCAAAGUCGCCCUUCCUUACAGCGCCGCUGAGGGCUUCGAGGGCAUGAGAAAGAACAUUGAAUACUUGACUCAGAUGCGUGAGAGUGUCGGUCCCGACUUUCCGCUCAUGGUCGACUGUUGGAUGAGUCUGACUGUCCCCUACACCAUUGAGAUCGCCGAGAAGUGCAAGCACCUUAAUAUCAACUGGUGGGAAGAGACUCUUUCUCCCGAUGAUUUUGAUGGUCAUGCUCUUCUGAAGCGUGCUCACCCUGCCAUCAAGUUCACCACCGGUGAGCACGAAUACACUAGAUACGGCUUCCGCAAGCUCAUCGAGGGUCGCAACAUCGACAUCCUCCAGCCUGAUGUUAUGUGGCUUGGUGGCUUGACUGAAUUGCUGAAGGUCUCGGCUCAGGCUGCUGCAUAUGAUAUUCCUGUGGUUCCCCACGCAAGUGGUCCCUACAGCUACCACUUCGUUGUCUCACAGACAAACUCACCAUUCCAGGAAUACCUUGCCAAUUCUCCUGACGGCCAGUCGGUUCUACCUGUGUUCGGAAACCUUUUCCUCAACGAGCCUAUCCCUGAGAAGGGUUACCUCGAUGUGUCCGUUCUGGACAAGCCUGGAUUUGGUCUCGAGGUGAAUCCUUCUGCUCCUUUGAUCGAUGCCGCUGGUAUUCUCAAUCCUGCCCCUUCAAGAUCAUUGGCCGACCCUACGGUCCCUGAAGGUGUUCAGAAUGAGAAGACG